AUGCUUGAGCGCCAGAGAGUUUGGCGUGCUUGUCAAGCAUGCCGCCGCAAAAAGGUCAAAUGCGAUGGAGAGCACCCCUGUCAGGGCUGCAGUCGCAACCAGGCAGAAUGUGUCUAUGUUGAGCCCGGCAGCAAUACCAGGCUGGCAGACCCCCAAUACGUCCUGAAGCUUGAGAGCCGGAUUCAAUUAAUGGAACAGACGCUGCGACAGCAGUCGGCCAGCCAGCAUAACAGGGAGGCUCCUACAGACCAACCAGGGUCUACCCGUGAUACCACAUAUCCUCUUCCGACAGAGCUUAUAGAUACAUCUGAUGUGCUACCGCGGUUCUCUCCCAAAGCGAACGACAGUAGUUUCCUAGACGGAAUAGUUCUUGACAACCCUGGCGUUUUGCCCGAAGAUAGCAGGGCUGCCACUCAGCCAGCUCAAGCAGACGUCGCGCAAUUGCCAGAGCCUCUGCUGCAAGCUCUGAUUGACAUAUUCUAUUCCUCGUAUUAUCCGAUCUUCCCUAUCAUCCAUCGGGGUGAGUUUCAGCAGCAAUACGACCGCUGGCUAUCCGCUCCUCCCAAUGACACUGACCACGACGGCUUUUCGUUUCUUUUGUACGCGCUGCUCGCAGUGGCCGCGUCGGCCAUGCCGGCAGACCAUGUGGUCUUUAACCAGCCAGGGCUGGAGACCUACAAGCAGGAGGACCUGGGUGGUCUGUUGUACGCUUAUGCAGCUUCGAAAUGUGCUGUGCUGCUAUCCCCGCGACCGGGUCUGCAUGCAAUCAACCUUGUCGUUGCACUCGGUCUUCUCAGCAUUUAUCUUAUUGAGAAUGGCAGGGUAAGCGAAGCAUGGACCGUCGUGGGAAAUGCAAUUCGUCUAUAUCAAAGCCUGGAUCUUCAAGAAUGUGCGGAUACACUGGCCGAUAUGGACACUGUUUCGACACCCGAUAAUGUCUGGUGGUGUUUGUAUAUUCUGGAUUGCUCUCUAUCAACGGCGCUCUCCAAGCCAUUAGCGAUCGAUGCUGCUGAUGAUGAUCGGUCGACACUGACCCUCGAGGCCGGCACAGACCCCUGGUUCUCGGUCAUUGCAGACUUCCAUAUCACCAUCAGCCGCAUCUACAAGUCAGUGCGGAAGAUCCGAAGGUCUCGCUCUUCUCAUGAUCCGAAGCUGUGGGAUGCACUGCGGACACGCGUUGAGGGCUAUGACACCGAACUGGAAGAGUACUAUACCAAGCAGGUCGUGCCGAGGAUGGAAGAUCCCAGUCGACAAGUACGGCCGCUGGCGCUGCAGUCUAUUGCGGUGUCUUCUUACUAUAUUGGCGUCGUCCUUCUCUACCGCACUUGCAUUGAACGGUUUGACGUCGCGGGACCCGAAUCGUUUCUACGCUGCGCUGAAGCUGCAUCUAACUGUAUAAGAGCCACGCCGCAAGUGAUGGCCACCGUGCCUCCUAGUCAUUUUGUGAUCCAGCAAAGUCGCGCUGUCUAUGCUAGUGCUAAGGUCCUUUUGCAUUGCAUGCGACUGGUCCGGAAUACGAGUUUCAAUAGCAGGGCCUGGUCCGAUGUCGAGGCGGGCUUUGAUAUGCUGCAGACGGUCAACGUCCAGUGGCCCCAGAUCAAACAAUACCAGCAGCUCACCAAGGAGGAUAUGCACCAGACGCAGAUUGACUUCAACAGGCAUGAGCUGUUCCACGGGAUAUUCGAUCGAUAUUGUCGGAGUGAUAAGAGGGACCGGCAACAUGAGUCACCACGAUCUACCAAUACUACCGAAAUAUACCAGGCAGACUCAUCCGAAUCAGACAGAAUAUACUGUGCAGCUGAUACGGACUCAGUAAAGAUAGCACAGGGUGUCCUAUCAUCUAAGCGUGGCCAGGAAGGACAGCCUGAUGGCCGGGAACCAAAACAGCAAAAGCUGAACUUUCAACCAUAUAAUCUCUCUACAAGCUCGACAACUGAGCUGCCUGUGCUUCACGGGCCAGACGAUUAUGUUACAGCAAGUCCACCAGUGGAUAUUGACCAUUUUCUGCUCCCCGACUUCCCAGCCCUAUCAUCAGGAGACUUAUCCGAGACCUUCUUUGAAGAUACAGCCCUGAUAUCGUCCCUUGAUUAA